CGUGACAGGUACAGGACAGGAGAAAGCAACAAAGCAUGGCCGUGGCCGCUAUCGUUUGUGUUGUGUGCUGUUUGAUGUCAUUUUAAUAAAAUUUACAGUUUUUAAUCAAUAGGCUAUAUUGCAAAAAUAUUAGGCUCUUUAUUUUUCAUUUGGAUCACUUUUUAGUGUUAGUAUAUUUAUAACUAAACGUCCAAUUUAUAAGCUUUAUCCAGUGCUUCAUUAUUUAGUUCACCAUUUUCAUCAAAUAUGAUAUACUUGGAGAACGGCUCUCAAGGAAUAAGUUCAGAUGAAACUGAAUCAUCAAACUACGUUCUUCCAGACCAAAUUGAUAGUGUGAGACAUCUAUUGCAAGAUGAAGGAAUGAUAGUAGUUAAGGACGAUGACAGUGUUCUGUCCACAGCCGAUACAUGGAAUUCAGUUAUCGAUAUUGACAAGAUCGAACUGACAGAUAUUGCUACAGGAGCUACUUUAAUGCCGGGUGGUGGGCAUCAGUUUAAGUUGGAUGACGACCAAUUAGUGAUGCUUCCCCCAGACAUGGCUGACGACGGAGCUGGCAAUUUGUACGAUCAGCUGGACAAUGACAAUUCAACCAACGACUUUCACAUUUCCGAUUUCAGCGGAGUAUACGGCAGCUUUCCGAAUUCGAAUAAUAUUUUGGAUGAAGAUUUUAUAAAUUCAAAUAAUUUCUUAGAAAUCCUGGAUGAAGAUUAUUUUAUAAAUGUGAAUUAUUUCUUAGUAAUCCUGGAUGAAGAUUUUAAAAUUAUUCAAAGUGAUGUUGAUAAUAGUGACAUCUUGACUCAGUUUAUGGACAUACAAGACCCGGUCUCUUCAUUGAAAAGUGCCCUGGAGGGGCGCCUCCAUGUUGAACUGACUGAUUGCUCCUACUGGUUGCAGGGCAAUACACGUUUGGAUCCUGACAAGAAUAUAGUAGACCAGUGCGUUCAUGGAGAAGGCAUGGUUCAAAUUAAUUACCAGGUGAAAAUUGAGGAUGGAAAAUAUAAGAUAAAUAUACUUGAUGUGCUGAAGCCGGCUGAGGAGUAUGUGGAAAUCUCACCAGAAAACUCAUUGAAAGAGGAAGACAGCGACCAGCAGUCGCUGAGCGAUGGUCGACCGGACAUGGCGCGCUGGAUCAUCGACGCCAACUUCAAGAAGGAGCAGGAGCGCUUGAACAUCCCGCAGGACCCGAAGGAGUGGAGCAAGGCGCAGGUGCGCCACUGGCUGCUGUGGGCCGUGCGCCUCUUCAACCUGACCCGGAUCCAGCUGCAGGACUGGGACAUCACUGGCGAGGAGCUCGUGCAGAUCACGUUGGACGAGUUCCGCAACAAAGUGCCCCACGAUCCCCACGAUCACUUCUGGACGCAUCUCGAACUGCUGCGCAACUGCAAGUUUUGUGCUGUAAUUCAGAAACAGAAUGACGAAGAAGAGUGCAAUGGAACAAGCGUGGCGUUACCAGAGAUUGUCCCGUCCCCAGACUCCACAGAUCUCACAGAAUUACUGCCUGUGAUAGAGAAAAAGAGUAGUAAUUCAGGUGAUUCAGAAAAGGAAGAGAAGUCUCCUCCAAAGAGAAUCCCUCGUACGCUUGGCAUCAAACAGAAAGGAUGUAUCCGCGUUACAAAAUCAAAGCAUACCAAAGUAUUGUUCGUACAGGAAAUGCCGGCUUCAAAUAAAGCUGGAAACAAUGGCCAAAUACAACUGUGGCAAUUCCUGCUUGAUCUGCUCACUGACAAAAAGCACAGGCAAGCAAUACAGUGGCUGGGCGAAGAUGGAGAAUUCAAACUGCUAGACCCAGAAACAGUCGCCAACCUGUGGGGUGAAAGGAAAAACAAACCGACCAUGAACUACGAGAAACUCAGUAGGGCUUUACGCUACUAUUAUGAGGGUGAUAUGAUUUCUAAGGUACCAGGUAAAAGGUUCGUUUACAAAUUUGUGUGCGACUUGAAGGCCCUUCUUGGAUACAGUGCCUCUCAACUCAACAAAUUGGUCAAAGAAGCAGAACUCAACGCUAUGAGAGACAACUUGGAAAGACAACCAAAAAUGGAAAUGGAAUUUUAAAGCUUCCCUAUGAAUAACUUGUGGUGUGGAUGCUUCCAAAGCAGGUUAAAGGCUCAAUGAAAAACAUUUUGUCACUCAGAGGUGCAUUUAAUUUAUUCAAAUACUAUACUCAUAUUCUAAAACCUAUAUUAAUGUUACUAUACUUUCGAUAAUCUAAUCAUUUCAUGAUAGUAUUCAUUUAUUCUUGAUCAUAGUCAGUUUCUGCCUAUAAAUCGGAAGUAUUUUUGUUAUGAUUCAAUUUUUGUAUAAGUUGUCUUAUUUUGCAUUAAUAAGAUAUUGUCAAAAGUUUGUCGAUAACAUUUUGUAAAUAGUAUAAUCGAAUAAAAUUAUUAUAAAAUUUGUUACAUA